UUGCAGGCAAACCGAAGUUGUCUACGAGGUGGUCGAGGACAGAUUCGCCAUAGAUGCCACCUGAUAACUCAUGACACCUGUUCCUGCAACUCACCAAACGGUCAGAGCGCAAUCAGACUGUUGAUAUUUAAGGUAGGCUACUUCGAUGUACGCCUAAGGCAGCUGAGCCAUAUCAAAGUCCUAUCCCCGAAAGUGCCACUGAAAUCGCAGCCAGGAAUGUUGAGCAGUCUUGCACAACCUUUACUAAACACGGAACCAUCUGAAGACUUCGAUCUUUGUGGUUUACCUAAGGCCGCCAAAGAUACAUUCAUCGAAAAGAGGAACAUCAAGCAGUUGUACGGUGACGCAUUCUAUCAAUUCGUCCUCCCUACAUCUAAUGUUUGCUGUAUAGACUGGCAGAAAGAAUGUCUUUCCGAUCAUCGGAUUCAGCGUGGUUCCAACUGCAUCGUGUCGUUGCCUACGGGAGCUGGGAAAACCUUGAUUGCUGAGGUUUUGAUGAUACGCGAAGCUAUAGUGAAUAAAAGAAGUUCAAUUCUGGUUCUGCCUUAUGUCGCCAUUGUGCAGGAAAAGAUUACCUCCUUAUCUGUUUUCGAGGAAACGUUCGGAAUUCGCAUAGAAGAAUAUGCGGCCAAUAAGGGUAGAAUCCCACCUAUAAAAAGAAGAAAGGAAGUGUCCAUAUAUGUGGCAACCAUAGAAAAGGCGAAUACUCUCAUAAACUCUUUGAUAGAAACUGGAGAACUGGAUCGCAUCGGUCUCGUAGUAGUUGACGAGCUUCACAUGAUUGGGGAUGGUAGCCGUGGUACAAUCAUUGAACAGCUGCUCUGUAAAUAUUUGACUAAGGGUUUCGGUCAAAUUAUCGGAAUGUCAGCAACGCUGUCGAAUAUUAGCGAACUAGCUGGCUUUCUUCGCGCACAUGUCUAUUCAACCUCAUUUCGACCGGUCGAGUUGCACGAGUACGUACGAAUUGAGCAAAAUAUGUGGAAAAUAAACUCUGAUGGCGAACUUGAGCACAAUGCGGUUUUACCGGCUAAUCGAUUGUCGAAAGCUGACCCAGAUGGAUUGUGUCAACUACUGAUUGGGGUGAUUCCAAGGCGAUCUGUUUUGAUUUUCUGUCCCACCAAAAAAAGCUGUGAAAGUGUAGCGCUGAUGGUGGCGCGAUGUGUUCCUGAGGAUGUGCGUAAACGACGAAUUGAUGAAAGGAAGAAAGUUCUUGAAUCGAUGAAGGAAGACUGUGAGGGACUGAUAUCGUCAGCAUUGGAAAACACGAUACUAGCAGGAGUAGCUUAUCAUCACUCAGGACUGACGCAUGAAGAAAGGAAACAUAUUGAAGCUGCUUACAGUGAUGGUGUGAUUUGUGUUGUUUGUGCUACUUCAACGUUAGCCGCUGGUGUUAACAUGCCAGCGAGAAGAGUAAUUAUAAAGGCUCCCUUGGUCGGAUGUGCUCCUCUGGGCAAAGCGCAGUAUAUGCAGAUGGUUGGACGAGCUGGCAGAGCCGGAUUUGACCAAAAAGGCGAUAGUAUUACAAUUGUUCGACCUGGUCUCGAGGAGAGGCAGGUCGUCAAAUAUUAA